UUUUCACAUGUAGCUUUUUUUUUUUUUUUAAUAGUGGCCCAGCUUUUAAAUUAAACAUAUAAUAUCAGAAUAGUAAACUUUGAUACGUUAUUAGUCAAAUUUUCUUGCGAUCUGGUCACCACUCAGUUGAUUUGUGUUUGCAAAUUUGCUAAAAAUAGCACACACCAAACUUGUCAGGUGAGCUAUCAUUAGCUACCGGCCGGCUAACUUCCGGCACGGAACAAAAUAGUAACGAUGGUUCGGCACACAACCAGGUCCAACAGUGUUAGCGCCCGCCAUCGACCAUCAGGAAAAUGCAUUUCCGCUUUGGGAGUACUCACUUCCGGGAUGGUAAAGAAGGACAAAAUAAGGCGCAUCACAAAAUGGCAGAGGCGGUGGUUAACGUAGCCCGGAGGAUCAACGCGACCGUCGAGGAGAGACGAGAUCACCUGGACCUGUCCAACAGCAAGCUCAUCUCAUUCCCAGACGGCGUUUUCAAGGUUCUCAGCAGCGUGUCGGAGAACAUCCGAGUCAUCACCCUGGCCGAUAAUGAGAUGAAGGCCAUUAGCAGCAAAUUCUUUUCCACCUUCACUCAACUGAGAGAGCUGGACCUGCACGGAAACGUUCUCAGCAAACUGCCCGACUCAGUGGAGGAAAUGCGGCACUUGACCAGCAUCAACUUGGCCAACAACAAUUUCUCGGCGUUCCCCGAGAAGCUCACGCAAAUCGCCACGCUGCAGAGGAUCAACCUAGAGGGGAACAACAUCUCUGAAAUCCCCAUGGAGAUGUUGUCGGCCAUGCCGGCACUGGAGUGGCUCAACGUGCAGUCCAACCCUCUGGAUGCAAACACUCAAGCUGCUCUCAGGUCUCCGCACAAGUUUGACAUUUUAGCGCAAAGGGAGUCGUGAACGACGUCGUCACGUAUGUGCUGCAUCGCGUGCGCCUUAAAUUUUUAUUUUUUUUUAAAAUCCCUUCGAUUCUGUAGUUUGCUUGGAAAUGAGGAACCUCUGUACUUGAAGAUUGAACCCAGUGCCAAUAUAAAACCACAUUGACCUCCA